AUGCCUGACGAUGCGAAUUCCGCAGGGGCCGGAAUAGCCACUCCGGCACCGGCAGCCGUCACCCUGAACCCACCGCCGCCAGCUUCGGUGCCGGCGGUGCCGACGCUGGCGCCGGCACCGGUGCUGGCGCCGGCACCACCGGCGACAGUCAGCGCAGCAGAUGCUCCCUUGAAGUCUUGCCUUGCCUUCGUUCAUAUUCCAAAGGCGGCAGGCUCGAAUGUCGAGGGUGUGAUAGCACGCGCCUUCGGCUACAACCAGGUCGUCGAGAAUCCAGGUGAUUGCAUUUCGAUGCGAAAGAUCGAGAAGACUGUCCGCUUCUGGGGCAUGUGCGACGACAGGCUACAAUGCGAAAGCAAAAAAUUGUGCGGGUGGUCUGGUGCUGACUGCUGUUAUGUAAACAAAUCCUUUGUGCCGCAGCCUACGCCCAACAAGGGUGUGGAUCGGUGCAGCUUCUGGCACUUCCCCCCUGCCUAUGAUGCACAGCUUGCAAAAACCUACUCCGAGGACUGCGACUCAUUCUGCGUAGUUCGAGAACCCCUCAGCCGCUUCUUGAGCCAUUGGAGGUGGCGGCACUUCAGCAAGCCAGCCGAUUGCUCACCUGAAGUACUGGAGAAGUAUACGAAGGAGAAGCUCGCUCAAGCGCGGGAAGACGUCCUUCUGGAGGACUGUCAUUUCACGCCACAGGUGUACUAUGCUUUCCAGAAUGGCGAUCCGAAAGCUCCUCGAAUAUGUCGGCACAUAAUCAAGCUGGAGCAUCUUGAUGCAGAGUUUGCACCACUGAUGGCGCAGUACAACCUUGAGAAGGUGCACCUCGGUAAGGGCAAAUCACGCUCCAGCAAGAAAUGCGACAUCGUCCCUACGGAAGCCACCCUGCAGCUGGUCAAGGAGUUCUAUGCAGAGGACUACAAGGCCUUUGGCUAUUGA